CUGUUUCGUGAACGUUCGAUGUUCGAUUUAAGUUGUUUGUUAUUAAAUGUAUCUUGACUAUUAACGCGUCGCUAAAGUUUAGCUCUAAUGAAAAAUACAAUUUUACGAACGUUGAAAAGAUUUUACGGUCUUAAAAAUACUCGUGGAAAUUGGCUACUUGACCCACGGCCUAAUGCCUCGAGUACUUGCACCGCCAGAUGCAAAACAGAAAUAGCCAUGCUUGAUGACGAGAAGUACGUCGAGGUCGAGGCUACCUCUUGCGAGAUAAACAGUCUCGCCUGGCUUCACAAGGCUGCUCCAGGAUUUCCUACUAAUGGCUCGAAGAUCACGGUUGUUCAUGAACCAAGCGCGUUCUACAACUUGUUACUCAACAAAUGCCAGACUGCUCAGAAAAGAAUCAUUUUAGCUUCUCUGUACCUUGGAACUGGAGAGCUCGAAGCAGGCUUGGUUGCGGCACUAGAGGAAAAUUUGGUAAGGAGCAACGGUACAGUGAAGAUAAACAUUUUGCUGGACUACACGAGGGGCUCGAGAGGAAAGCAAAACUCACGAACUAUGCUAGAACCUUUGUUGAAAAGUCGGUGGGCUAAAUCUUGCAGCGUAUCUCUUUACCACACUCCAAAGCUGCGUGGUAUUUUGAAGGCUCUGAUACCAGAUCGGUUCAACGAACUGGUAGGGCUGCAGCAUAUGAAACUGUACCUAUUUGAUGACACUUUGAUAAUCAGUGGAGCAAACUUGAGCCACGACUAUUUCACCAAUCGUCAAGACAGAUACAUUGUGAUAGAAGACUGUAAAGAGUUGUGCGAUUUUUAUUCCAAACUUGUUGAUAGAGUCUGUGAAUUCAGUUUUAAACUAGAAUCAGACGGCACAACAACGUUCAAAUCCAAAGAAAACAUACAUCCCUAUAAGGGGAGACGAAAAAACUUUACCGAUGCUGCCGCGAAGAGGAUAAAAUCUCUGUUUCAGGAGGAGAUGGAAAAACGAUCAGAGAUUACGAAACACGAUGGGAUCUCGAAAUACGAUACAUGGAUAUUUCCUCUAAUCGAAAUGGGCCAGUUGAACAUCAGGCAUGACAGCGAAGUGACAUUAAGACUCCUUCAAACGGCGCAGUCAGGCGCUACGCUCAAACUUGCGACCGGCUACUUUAACCUGAUUCCCACCUACAGAAAAGCUUUACUCAACGAUUGCAAAGCAACAUGUCACCUGCUCACCGCUCACCCAACUGCGAACGGAUUUUUUGGUGCGAAAGGAAUCGCAGGCAACAUUCCGUUCGCUUAUACAAAAAUUGAAGAAUCCUUUUGUAAAUCCUGCGAGAGGAGCGGACAGCAAAAUAGAGUAACGCUUUGGGAAUUUGUUCGCUCAGGGUGGACUUAUCACGCCAAGGGUCUUUGGUACUCUCUUCCAGGCGAACAAAAGCCCUGUUUGACGCUUGUCGGUUCACCGAAUUUCGGAUACAGAUCGGUCGGCAAAGACUUGGAGGCUCAAGUAGCACUUGUUACGCGAAACGAAGGCCUACAGACGGCGCUAGAAGCGGAACACACGCGUCUAUUUUCGCAUGCGAAACCCGUCGACAGGAAAACUUUCAAGGAACGGGACCGAGUUGUUCCCACGUGGGUUAUUGCCACAGUUGUUUUAUUCCGUUACUUUUUUUAAUGAAAUGUAACCGGGUCUUGAAAAUAGUUGAGUCACUUACUCGCGUGUAUAUACUGUGAAUGUGACAUGAGAUAAUUCUAACAACACAAUUGACCUGGUUAUAAAAUUAGGUGUUGUGCUGACAAUGUUGUAAAUAUACAUUGUGAGUUGAACUUACAUGUUAUUCCGCUGUACUCUGGUAGAAAGCAUUGAAGUAUUGUAUUGUUGACUGUUUUCUUUCAUUUUUCAAAAUAAUUUAAUUUUCCUA